UGGUACAUGCACGUAACUUUACCGCCGUAACCUCGACAUCUCAUGUGUAUGUGAUCAUCACUUGCAUCAAAAUUAGCUAGCGAAAUUUGACAUGGCACGACAUACCGAUGAUCAAGUGAGAUGACAUGGACGACUUGAGUACGAACCAAGAUCUGGCUCUGAGGACGAGACCAUGGUUGGCCAAGACCGUCGGGAAUCAGCUUUAUAUGCUUAAAUACAUCUACUUCGAGUCGAACGCCAUAUUCCUCGCGACCACUCUCGACAAGGUCUACCUCGAAGUCCUCUCGCCCUCCCGCCUAUUAUCCCGAGCUUCAGCUUCAGCCAAACUCACUCAAGAUGCAGAGUCCUUUAGCUACAAGAGAGCUUCGUACAGCCAGAACACUAAUGCGGAUAGCCAGAACUUGGACGUCGCGGUGCAGAAGUGCGUAGCUGGUCUGGACGCGCUGUUUAGCCCUGGAGAAGCUUGGGAUGACGUGGAUAUCGAGUUGGGGGAGUCGGAUACGUUCUAUGAUCUCAUGCUGGACAUCUCGUCCGACGACUUUGACUGGAACAUCAAGUUCAGCAAGGUAGACGAUUCCAGCGCCUUGAAUAUGAUCAGGGAUCAUAUACUUUAUCCUCUCGUGGCGCUCUCGGGAUGUCUCAUGGAUCGUCUUGGCGAGUCGUCAUCCGGUGUUGCCGAGCUGCAAACGGCCAUAGAUACGUCAGCGACGACGGCGGUAAGGAGGUUGACCCCGCUUCUGAAGAACACGUUGAACAGACCGUUGUUGCAAACGAGCAUGUCGAGGUGGACGCAGGUCAGGCAGGGCACAGUGACUAGAGAGCCUAUUUUGGAGGAAUACCCGACCGAAGCGUUCAGUCCUGUACUUCGACCGGCAUUCGGAGAGGCGGCGAUGAGGGAAAGCGAGACCCCGCCUCCCAAUUCUCCCGACUACCGAAAUCUUGCUCCAAACUUCGGCAAUCAGGCAGAUUUGCCAACAUUAGACCUGUCGCCGGCGCAAGCACAGAUGAGCGCGGAACUGGAGAUGAAAUCCUUUUCACCUUCACCGCUUCCACAAGCGGUAUCAAACGGAGACAACAGAGAGGACGCUAAUGAAGCUACUGGUUCUUCCGAUAUGGAAUGGAACUCGGACAUGACGGAACCCGAAAGCGACGACGAGGAAGCGACCAGGAAGUUUGAGAUGGCACGCGAUCGGACGCUGGCGAGACGAGCUCGGACCGGGCUGAGAACGCAAGGGCCUCCGCAGGAUGAGAUCCCAGAUACGCCUGACCAGGUCGAGGAUUCGCAAGUCCGAUUGGAAUCGACGGACGUGCAGACGAUACCGAGCCCGACGCCGGAUAGUCCGCCGCGGUCUUUUGAGGUGCGACCUACCGGACGGCAAAAGAGGAAGUCGACAGGCUCGCCAGGUCCGAUGAAGAGACCCCGAUCGACUUCCCCCAUAAGGGUCGAAGAUACGCGGACGGUGCUGGAUCAGACAGAGUCUCAGAAGCACGAAGCUGCUUUGGCCAUGCGAAACGCGUUACACACAGGUGCGGGUGCGGGUACGAUGGGGACUGCAUCGAAUAACGCCAAUAGUGGAACGACCGCGUCUCGAGCUAGAGCGACCGGUGCUGCUGGUGGCCGAGGCAGAGGAAGGGGUAGAGGCAAGAGCGUCUGGUAGAGUAACGAUGAUGAUUGACAAACUAGGUUUCGUAGAUCUCGUAGAUCGACGAUAACAUGAUCAUAAGCGAGUUUCAUUUUCAGG